CCCCCCCUCUUGAAGAGUCCUUUCUUUUCCAAAACGCGCAUCCACAGCAAUCAAUCCCGGGACUUCAAAAACCAUUCCAGACUUUCCCAUUCAAUCAGACCCAACAAUACCCAACUGUCUUCUUCCUUUCCCAAUUGUUUUCCAUGGCAUUUGCUAGCCACAAAGUCGAUUGAUCUAGCUGAUGUGCGAUCCCAUGCUAAACAACUUCCAAAGGGAUUCAAGCGGCAGCCAUCCCAUAAACUAGCUACGUGAGAGUUAAAAGACCAGUUGACAUGAUCAGGAUUAUAUAUGUUUGAGCAAAUUCUUGCCACGGUACAUUCAGUUCAUAAGAUUAGUUGGACUCCAACAGUGACAGAGUAAAGGCUUCAAUUCAAAGGUUGGUCUACAGAACACCAAAGGAGAUUGGCCAUUUGAUCUUAAUUUGGACCGACUUGUUUGGAUUCCAUUCUCUUUAUAAUUCAUUAUCUUUCAUGUGAAUUUUUUCACAUCAAGAGACAAACAUACAGAUUCUUUGCCUUUGAGUUACUAUACUUCUGGUUCUGUAACAAAAGUCUCUUGUAAGGCGAAGGGAGAUCUAUCCAAAAGUCUCCUCUCCAAGGCAUAAUACUUCUGGGUCUGUAACAGCUGAAGCUAAUGGAAAUCUAUUUCUUUGAGAUGCCUUUGGUGAUUAUUGUGGUAAUUGUGACAUGGAUCAGUUGCUUGGCCGUUAUUAAGAGAAUAUGGACUCCGCUGAAGCGUCGGUUCAGUUGCAUGGUUCAGAAGCAUGAGCCAAUAUGGCCAGAUAAUCAAAUAAUGGUCGAGGUCAAUGACUUUGCAUCUCCUCAGUGGACGCAUGAUGUGUUUUUAAGUUUCAGGGGUCCUGACACUCGCAAGGGUAUCACAGUUGAACUAUACAAUCGACUGCAGAUGAGGGGAAUUAAAACAUUCAUGGAUGAUAGAGAUCUUGAAGUAGGGGAUGCUAUUUCUCGCACUCUCAUAGCAGCCAUUGAAAAAUCAAGGUUUGCAAUCAUUGUUCUCUCACAAGACUACGCUUCUUCUUCUUGGUGUUUGGAGGAACUUACAAAGAUCUGCGAGUGCAUGAAAGACCAGAACAGAAUUUUUCCACUUUUUUUUCAUGUGGAGCCCUCUGAUGUACGUCAUCAGAAGAGGAGUUUGGAUAAAGCUUUCUCUAAACAUGAAACCUCUGGGCGACAUGGAUUGGAGAAGAUGCAGCGGUGGAGGGAUGCUUUAGAAAAGGUGGCCAGUUUCUCAGGCUGGAAUACACAGGAUUAUAAGACUCACAAAGAACUUGUUGACGUCAUUGUGGAAUUUCUCCGCAAUAAAGUGCGACCUGAUGCAAUUGAGUUCAGUGGAGAUUUCGAAGCAUAUGAAGCAACAAGAAAAGCCAUGGAUGAGGUUAUGAAGGCGCUAAAAGAUGACAAGGUCACUGCUGUGGGGGUCUACGGCAUGGGAGGUGUUGGAAAGACAAGCAUGGUGAAACAUGUCGGUGCACAAGGCUGCAAAAAUGGUAACUUUAACCAUAAGAUUAUGGCUGCCAUAUCUCAAAGCCCCAACUUGAGAAAAAUUCAAGGCACAUUGGCAGAUCUGUUGGGCGUUAAAUUGGAGGAGGAGACAGAAAUUGGAAGAGCCGCUACGUUGCAUAAAGAGAUGAUGAGAAGAGAAAAACUCCUUAUAAUCUUGGACGAUGUUUGGGAGAGAAUAGAGUUGUCAAAGAUAGGGAUUCCCAGCUACAAGGAGCUUCAAAUGUGCAAGUCCAAAGUCCUACUCACCACAAGGAUAAGGAAUGUCUGUCAUGUCAUGAGAUGCCUGUCAUGUCUGUCUAUCACCCUCAGUAUCCUAUCAAAAGAGGAUUCUUGGGCCUUGUUUGUGAGAAAUGUAGGAAUGCCUUUUGAAUCCACCAAAUUUACGGGUGUAGCUAAGAAGGUAGCUGGAGAAUGUAGAGGUUUACCGAUUGCAUUGGUAGCAGUUGCAAGGGCACUCGGAGAUAAAGACCUGGCGGAAUGGGAAAAAGCAGCUCAACGACUAGAGAAAUCACAGCUUGCCAACCCUGACCAUGCGGAAGAUGCAUUCAAAUGUAUAAGAUUAAGCUAUGAUUACUUGAAAGAUGAGGACCACAAGUCAUGCUUCUUGCUCUGUUGCCUAUACCCAGAAGACUAUGACAUCCGACUAGAAAACUUAUUCAAGUAUGCAAUCGGCAAAGGAUUGUUUCGAGAUGCUGAAACAAUCGAAGAAGCCAGAGGAACAGCAGAUUCUGUGGUCAAGUACCUGAAAGAUUCUAGCUUGCUUUUGGAUAGUGAAAAAGAUGGAUGUGUAAGGAUGCAUGAUGUCAUCCGGGAUACAGCCAUGAAGAUUGCAAAAUCUGAAGAUGGACAUGGGUUUUUGGUAAAAGCUGGGUCUGGUUUGAAGGAUUGGUCAUGUCCAUUACAUGAAAGCUAUUCUGCAAUUUCGCUGAUGAGGAACGAAAUUCGCAAGCUACCUGAAGAGUUAGUAUGUCCAAAUCUCCAGAUUUUAUUACUAAAACGGAAUGCUGAUUUAAAUGAGAUCCCAGAAAAAUUUAUCCGAAGUCUGAAUGAAUUAAGGGUCUUGGAUCUUAGCAACACUAGUAUUUCUGUACUACCCCAAUCAUUCAGUCUCCUUAUCAACCUCCAAGCUUUGUAUUUAGAUUUUUGCCACAACAUGAUUGACAUUUCCAUAGUUGGAAAACUUAAGAAGCUUGAAAUUCUUAGUAUGAGAGAAUAUCCUCUCCAGGAAUUAUCGAGAGAAAUAGGACACUUGACCAAUCUAAGGAUUUUGGAUGUCAAUUCCGCUUGUUAUGAGGGUGGAGGUAUUGUCACAAUUCCAUCUAAAGUGAUAUCAAAGUUGCAUAGAAUAGAAGAACUGUAUACACUAAACUGUGGAUUUGAGGAUUGGGGGAGUAAAGUUGAGAGAGAAGGAGGAGAAAUCGAAUUGGGUUUCACUGGUUUGUCAAAUUUGAAAAUUUUGCAGGUUUGCAUAUCUGAUGCAAAGUUCAUCCCUACAAGUAUUGAGGUCGAACCAGAGUGGGUUUACUUUCAUAUACUUAUCGGCAAAUACAUAAGGGAUCCAUACAAUCGAUAUCAUCAUAACUCAAUAUCCUUGGUUCUUGACACUACCAUGAGUACCUUACCUGAUUGGUUUAUCAAUGUGGUGACAACGAAAACAGAGACGCUAAAGUAUGAUCGCUGCAAAGGGUUGAGUGACAUUGUCGUGGAAUAUGACCAUGGGAGGUUGCAUGAACUCAAGCAUCUCACUGUAUCUGAUAAUAUACUUGACCCCUAUGAGAACAUGAAAGAGUUGAUGAACACAACGAGACGGGUUCAAAAAGGAGCAGUGUUUGAGAACUUGGAAGAGUUGCAUCUGAAAUGUCUGCUCAAACUUGAAGAGUUGUGUGUUGGUCAGUUACCACCUGGGUCUCUCAUCAAUCUUAAGUUAUUGCAUGUGUUUUUUUGUGAUAACUUGGUGAAUGUAUCAAAAUUGUUACAGAGACUGCCAAAUCUGGAGAAACUAUAUUUAAAUUGUAUGGAUGAAAUGGAAUUUGUGUUUGGAUCUGAAGGGUUUGAACCAGAAGAGUCAAAACUGAGAGAGAUAAAUUUGUUGGAUCUACAUGCACUGAGAAGCAUAUGUAAUGCUUCCCCACGUUUAAUGUUGCAGAGUCUUAAAAGUUUGACCAUAUACCGUUGCAAGUUACUGCGAAGUCUGUUUGCAUCUGAUGUAGCCGAGUGUCUUUUUCAAUUGGAAGACCUUUUUGUGGAGCAGUGCCCUUUGUUGGAAAGAGUAAUUGAAGCAGUAAACAAGAAGAAGAAGGUUCUUCCAAAAUUGAAGAACUUGGUUUUGAAGAAACUUCAUAUGUUGUAUGGUGCAACUACUCCUGUUGAUAUUGAGUGUCCUUCAUUGGAAAACUUGAUUGUGGUGGAUUGCCCCCAGUUUCCAUUUUCAACCUCUUCCUCUCUCUUCUUCGCCUUCAAAAGCAUGUUCCAGUUUUCAAUUUCAACCUCUGCUUCUGACUACUUUUGCAGCAAGAACCCAGUACAACUCAAUGAUCGACAACUGUACAACUUUCUACGUCACAGUUGGGAAGGCCAUUUUGUAGCGAGUUGCCAUUUGUUGAAAGAAUAAUGGAAGCAAGCAAGGAAAUAGUGAACAACAAGAAGUUUGUUCUUCCAAGAUUGAAAAACUUAGUUUUGAUAAAAAAUUUCAAUGUUGCACUGUGAAAGGGCUACUAUUGAUUUGCAUGUCCUUCAUUGGAGCAUUUGUAUGUAAAGGAAUGCCCCCUGAUUGAUUUUCAGAGCAGGAACCAAGUCCAACUCCAUGAUCAAAAACAUCUUCAAUUUCUUUGUCAAGUUGUUUUCAGGGUUGACCAUCUAGCUGAGGCUGCAAAUCCAAUUGAUACACUAGAAGCUUUGCCGGAUCAUGACUUUCAAAACAGCCAAAGGGAUUGUUACAGCCAUUCUUGGAACCUUUGAGAGUGAAGAAAUCAGUUGACAUGCCCGAUCAGGAUGAAAUUGGAUUCUUGCCACUGGUAUGUGUGUAUAAACAAAUUCAACAAUACUGUGAAUAUAUCUCUAUGCUGAAAUUGUAGCAACACCAUUUAAGUGAUUCAUGAUCUAAUUAUACUCUUAUUAUGGUA